CGUCGGCUCUGGGGGCUCGGAGCAGCGUGCACAGAGCCAAUCGCCGCCACCCGCAGAAAGCGGCGCUCCAGCGCCCAUCCCCAGUGCAUCUCAUGAUUCGGGACCGGGUGGCAGUCAACCCAUGAUAAAAACCAGCACGGCGAACACGAAGGAAAGCGCGUCUAAGACACAAAACGGAGACAAUAUGGCGGAAGCGCUCACACGCGUGCCUUCUAUUCAAGUAAGUUUGUCGCACGACGUCGUCCCUGACGAGAAGAGUGACGUAAUGCCGGCGAGCUCUGGAUCGCAGCGCGUAUCACCGAGUGUCUCCAUCACCAGCAACGCCUCCGGUGAAGUCCGCGAGGUGUACAUGAGCGAACAGACCAUUGAAGUCGAGUCCAAAAUGUCAUUCGACUUGGAACCGACGGACCACACACCAGCCACCGGGCGGCAGAGCCAAUGCUCGCGGAGUUCGGUGGACCAUUCCAUUAAGUCAGACCGGUCGCACGUCAGCUAUCACAGCAUGCGCGGCGAGCUGCGAGCGCCGUCGUGCUUCACCAAAUGGUGUCGGUGCACCGGGAGGCUGAUGGAUAGACUACUUCCUUCCAACUUUGUCAUCAACCCAGAGUCCAGGUUGCUCCUCAUAUUCAAUCUCUUCCUGACAGUCUGCGGCGCGGUAUCCAACGCCGUGCUCUUCUACCAAGCGGCAUUUGUGGACUUCAGCGUCCAGCUGGACGUUGUGCUCGGCCUGUGCACCUGCGUUUACAUUUUCAACAUUUACGUACGGAUGCACACGGCUUACUACGAUAAUUACGGUGACCUUGUACGCGAUUACAAGACUGUGAGGCGGUUCUACAUGCAUCGCCCGACAGGUUUUCUGGUUGACGUUCUCUCGGCCCUGCCGAUCGGGGUGCUAAUCCUCAUCAAACCCGAAAGCAUCGUCCUCCGUCGCACCGUUGCGAACGUCCGUUUCGUGCAGCUGACCCGCGUCUACAUGGCGUAUCACUUUUUCCGCACAUGGGAGCGUCGUCUCAACGCGCCGAUUUUGUUCCUUCGAAGCCUGCGCGACCUCGGCAUCCUGCUGAUGCUGUUCCACAUCUGCGCGUGCUUCUGGUACAUCGUGGCCUGCCCGAACGCGCAUUGCAAAGAUGGCUCGUGGGUAUCUAAGCGUCAUCUGUCGGAUUCGACAAAUCUCGAGAUUUACGUUAACUCUGUCUACUUCAUCGUGGCAACUAUGACCAGCAGUGGUUACGGAGAUAUUCAUCCUCAGACCAUGGACGAGGCGACGCUAUGCAUCCCCAUCAUCAUGCUCGGAAAAUUCGCGCUAGGCCUCAUCAUCGGUGACCUAGCUUCGACCUUAAGUAACCUGGAGUUAGCUCGUGUCGAGAUAGAGAACAUGCUGGGCGUCAUCGUAAACCAGAUGAAGGACCAGAGCGUGCCCAUGCAUUUGCAAAAGCGUGUCAUCCAACAUGUGAAGUACGACUGGCUCAGGAACAGAGGGCACAGCCUCAGGGACCUCCUCGAGCAUCUACCACAUUGUCUGAGGAUGGAGGUGUUCGAGGCUAUCUACAGCGACCAGCUGCGCUCCAUCACCAUCUUCGAACAGGCACCGGAUUACCUGAUACGCCGCCUCAGCUGUAUGUGCGAGCAGCAGGUCUUCUUACCAGGAGACUUCAUCACGAAGCGGGGCGACAUAGGCCAAAAGGUGUACAUCAUCCGGCGGGGCUCCGUGGUGGUGUACCACACGGCGCCGUCCGCGCCCGAUUACUUCCUCUACUCGGGCUCCAUCUACGGCGACGUGCAGAUGGUCUUCCCCACCAUUCCGUACGAGCACAACCUGGUGGCCGACGACCCGUCCGACGUGCUGGUCAUCAACCAGCCGGAAAUCCAGCAGCUGCUCACCGACGACCCGCAGUUCUACUUCAAAGUUCGCCGAUACAUACAGAUGAAGUACGCUGACGUCAUCCAGGACCGAAAGCCGACCAUGACGCAUAAUGUGUAGCACGACUUAAGCUUGCGACACUGAUCCGAAACUGCCGAGUGAGGGCUUGGAACAGGGCUGCAGGCUCUCAGCUACCCGACUUGAACAGAUGUGUAGAAUGAUGCCGCAGCGUGUAGCAAGCGUCAAACAUUUUGCUUAAACUGUCACUUAUAUAUUUCUUAUUUACUAGAAUCGACUCGGAGGUGCGCGCUGAUAUAAGCGAAUGGAUCAUUUGGUUAGGUUACGGCUAUACUGAUUGUAUUACAGGCAUCGUACCAUAUAACUGGCAGGUUUAAUGUACGACACAUAUGCUGCGUAUGUUCAUAUCCGAAU